AUGGCAUCUUUUCACUCACUUCUCUCCUUUGCUGCAUUGGCAACCGCAUUCUCCAUUGUCUUUAUCUGUAACUUCUCUCUCACCGAGGCUUCCAAUGGAGGCUUUAGCGUGGAUCUAAUCCACCGUGACUCUCCAAACUCUCCCUUCUAUGACCCUUCAGAAACUCCUUCACAGCGCAUAGCCAAGGCUUUGCGUCGUUCCAUUAGCCGUGUCAGUCAUUUUAAGCCAAAUUCCUCGUUCUCUACCAAUGUAGCUCAAGCAGAUAUAAUCUCAAAUGGAGGUGAAUACCUUAUGAAAUACUCUGUCGGUACACCACCGGUUGAAAUCCUAGGCAUUGCUGAUACUGGUAGUGAUUUGACUUGGCUACAGUGCAAGCCUUGCAAUGACUGCUACAAUCAAACAGCGCCAAUUUUUGAUCCAAAAAGGUCAAGAACAUACAAAAGAGUUGCAUGCGAUUCAUCCCUAUGUCGGUCUCUAGCAGGAAGCUCAUGCUCAGGCUACGCUGGUUCAAGUUGCCUAUAUUCCGUGGCUUAUGGCGAUCAAUCUUUUUCAAACGGUGAUCUUGCUACCGACACUCUCACUCUGGGAUCAACUAAAACCCGCCCUGUGCCUCUCCCUAAAACUAUCCUAGGGUGUGGACACGAUAACAUUGGAACCUUUGAAGCACAAGGUUCCGGCAUUGUUGGCCUUGGUCGUGGCGCGAUUUCUCUUACUUCCCAACUAGGUUCUUCUAUUGAUGGAAAAUUCUCCUACUGCUUGAUUCCAUUAAUUUCCCAAGGUAAAACCACAAGCAAAUUGAAUUUUGGAAGUAAUGCAGUCGUAUCCGGUUCUGGAGUCGUGUCUACUCCCUUAGUCUCCGGAGAAUAUACAACCUUCUACUACCUAACACUCGAAGCAAUUAGUGUUGGCAGGAAAAGAAUCGACUUGAUCAAUCCUUCUGAAUCUGGAAAUUCAGAAGGCAAUAUUAUCAUUGAUUCAGGCACAACAUUGACAAUGUUGCCAUCGAACUUGUACCCCAAAUUUGAAUCUGCAGUAAAAGAUAAAAUUAAUUUACCAACUACAGAUGACCCGAAUGGAUCUCUAAGUCUCUGCUACAAGUCCUCAUCAGAUGUUAGUGGUCCAAGUAUCACAGCGCAUUUCACCGGUGCAGACGUGAAUCUGAAUUCUAGAACCACCUUCGUUAGGGUAGAUAAGCAAGUUGUGUGCUUGGCUUUCGUUCCUGUAGAUUCAAUCGGCAUUUUCGGUAACUUGGCCCAAUCCAAUCUUUUGGUAGGCUAUGACGUUGUGAAGAAAUCUGUGUCCUUUAAGCCAACGGAUUGCACCAAGCUUUAA